CUCUCACAAGGCAUCUGCGAUAUUUCUUUUGUCACCUCACCAUUCGAAUUUCUAACGGAACUUCGAGACACCUCAUCACCAUCACGUACCUCACGUCACGACAACACAUCACCGCUCACGACACCGUCUACCUCACAAAAUUCCACGGUUCAACCAGCGGCAACUACCUUUGGCACUAAUGGCGAAGUUACAGCGGCUAGCUCGGACACCAUCCCUUGCCUAUCACUUCCGGAAGACAACCACGCUGCAUCAUCUCGGGGUGGCUCCAUCGAAUCGGAAACACCACCUCCGGCAUCGAUGGAUCAUUUCAAUACUGUGCUGUCGACCUUGUUUGGUAAAGGAGAACCAGCCAAAGAUGUUAGAAUAAUCAAUGGGCCACCACCGAAGGCGACUUCACCACCGCCAGAGAUUCCCGGACCUGGUCAGAUCAAAUGCCGGCUAUGUGGCAUAACUGUCAGCUGCAAAAAGUGA